UAAGGUUCAUCUUCUUCCUCCCUUCACCAUAUGGACGAAUUUUCAUUUUCCAUUUUUCUCCAUCUCCAUUUUCUUUAUCUUCCAUCCAAAAUCUCACCAUUUUCAUGCAUGAAAUUAGAUCUCCUUCCUUUUUCUCAUCUCUAGCAAGUGAUUAAUUGAAGAAGGAGAGGCAAAAUCAAGAGAUGUUUAUGUGAAUAGUACCUCAAAAGGGAGAAAGUUUAGGUAAAAAGAGAGGCCUUACAUGGGUUUUGAAGAAUUAAGUUGUUUGAUGCCGAAAUUCUUUGAUUGUUGAAAUUUUUUCCCAUCGGAAGCAGCCUGGUUCCUCUGUUGGUUUAGGCUGGGUGAUGAUUACACAGUUUGAAUUGCUCUACUGAAGCUGCAUAAUCUUGAUUCCGUCUGUUGUUUUUGGAAAAUCCAAUUUAACAAUGGCCACAGAUACUCUUGUUAAUCUGUGGGAAAGCUUGGCUAAAUUGCCUCUAGUUAUGCUCUUCAAGGAUACAAGGAAUGUUUUCAAUGUGGAUGAGUUAGCAGUAGAAAUAGCACAAAUUGCAGUUCCUGCUGCACUUGCUUUAGCAGCAGAUCCUGUUGCUUCUCUAAUCGAUACAGCAUUCAUUGGCCAUUUAGGACCUGUGGAGCUUGCUGCUGUGGGAGUUUCUAUUGCCAUUUUUAAUCAAAUGUCAAAGAUUGCAAUUUUCCCACUUGUCAGUGUUACGACGUCUUUUGUUGCCGAGGAAGACAGUGCUGGAAAAUCGAGUACCAAGGAAGAUGCAUCACUUGAAGAUGGUUCGGUUGUCAAUAAGGAAAUGGAAGAGUUAUUACCUAAAUCUGAGUCUACACACAAAUCAUCCUCUGCAAGCAGCAUUUCCACCAAAAGAGAUUAUGAGAGAAGGCACAUACCAUCUGCUUCUUCAGCAUUGGCUAUUGCUUGUGUCCUUGGUGUAAUCCAGGCUUUAUUUCUCAUUUUGGCUGCAAAACCAGUCCUGAGCUACAUGGGUGUACAAUCUGAUUCCCCAAUGCUAAUACCAGCACAACAAUACUUGACAUUGAGGUCACUAGGGGCUCCUGCUGUUCUUCUUUCAUUAGCGAUGCAAGGGGUUUUCCGAGGAAUUAAGGAUACGAAAACUCCUCUAUUUGCUACAGUUGUGGGAGAUGUAGCAAAUAUCAUCUUGGACCCAAUAUUUAUAUUUGUAUUCAGACUGAAUGUCAGUGGUGCAGCCAUUGCUCAUGUUAUUUCUCAGUACCUAAUCUCCCUGAUUCUGUUGUGGAAAUUAAUUGAACAUGUUGAUCUAUUGCCUCCCAACAUUAAAGAUCUACAAUUUAGUAGAUUUCUAAAAAAUGGAUUUAUGCUGUUGAUGAGGGUAAUAGCUGCGACAUUCUGUGUCACGCUGGCUGCAUCAUUGGCGGCAAGAUAUGGAUCAACUUCAAUGGCUGCAUUUCAGGUUUGCUUGCAGAUUUGGAUGGCAACUUCUUUGCUUGCAGAUGGGCUGGCUGUGGCUGGACAAGCAAUUCUUGCAAGUGCAUUUGCAAAUAAGGAUCACGACAAGGCCAAGGCCAUUACUUCUCGUGUAUUCCAGUACGGUUUGAUUUUAGGCCUGGUUCUCUCGAACUUGCUUUUAGGUGGCCUACAGUUUGCUUCAAGAUUAUUUACAGAAGAUGUCAAUGUUUUGAAUCUUAUUAGUGUGGGCAUCCCGUUUGUUGCAGCAACUCAAAUCGUAAAUGUUUUAGCCUUCGUUUUCGAUGGAAUCAAUUAUGGAGCAUCUGAUUUUGCAUACUCUUCAUACUCAAUGGUUUUGGUGUCAAUAAUAAGCAUCGUAUGCUUAUUUACAUUAUCAUCUAGUCAUGGCUUCUUUGGCAUCUGGGUUGCAUUGACCAUUUUCAUGACUUUACGUGCAUUUGUGGGCUUAUUGAGAAUAGGAACUGGAAUGGGACCUUGGAGCUUUCUCAGAAGUUGAGCUUCUUCUCCCUUGUUUAUCACAGCUAGCAAAUACUAUUCUGACCUCCGAAUAGGAACGGGAAUGGGACCUUGGAGCUUUCUCAGACGUUGAGCUUCUUGUCCAUUGUUUAUCACAGCUAGCAAAUACCAUUCUGACCUGUUUGGAAAAAGGGAAAAUUUUAAAGGUCAUUGCAUUUUGGCAUCUGUAUUAGUCACGGGUCCUUCAUUCUGUACGCAGUACAGUAGAUAUAUGCACAAUCUAUUUCGAGAAGAAUAAAAAUAAAAAGAGAUGUAUAUUGCAA